CGUCACCUCAGAUCUGUGAUCACACCGGCUGACUCCCAAUUCCGCUCUCCUCACUACACGAUAUUGGAGGUUUCACCUCACAGAUUCAGCCUCUUUUUUGCAUCACCAUAUCGAAAGUUCAAAGCCAUCCGGCGUCUAGUACUACUCAGGGAUCAAGAUGUCCAGUGUGAUCAUUACGAGAUCUCAGAACAAACCGAGACGGUCAGACCGCCUAAGUGGAGCACAAACCCCAAAGCGAGGACCCACCAUGUUCGUACAGAUCGAAUCAGUCAGGCGACCUUUGAAGAGGAAGCGGUCGCCUAGCGUUGAGCGCAAGCGCGAGCGAGAAAAUAUCCCUUUGGCCACACCUUCUGCCUCCAAGGGCUCGCGAGUCCCAUCGUUCCAACUUCCACGCAUUUCGCAGGCACAGAAGAAGCUCUUGGAGCAUGAGACAGCAUUGAAGCAGAAGGAAAAAGACAUAAAGCGCAGAGAGGCGGAUGUGGAUAAGAAGCUAGAGACUAUGCGCCAAGUUGAGUUCGUUAUUGACAAAAGCGAAUCCGCUUUAGCGUCGGUCAGGAAGGAGUUGCUCGAAUUUGUGGAUCUUCACAUCAUACCUGGUGCAGAGGCAAGUCUGCAGCGACUUGAAGCAGAUUUCACCUGCCCACUGUGCUUGGACGUCAUGGCGUGUCCGUACGCACUCAACGCUCCACGAUGCGGACAUACGUUCUGCGGCCUGUGUUUGUUACAGUGGUAUUUCUCCUGUUUGCACGGCUGUGGAGGUUGGCAUGAGCAGGUUGAAUGCCCUAUCUGUCGCUCGCCUUCCCAAAUCGCCCACGGGCUCCUGCCACGGUCUAUAUUUUCAUGCCCAUUCAUUCCGAACCGCCUUGUCGGAAACCAAAUUGACGACUCCGUGACCAAACUCAGCGCUAUGGGGGCGUUGGCGUCUCGCGCUAUGAACAUCACAAUCGGAGGUUCGAAUAAGAAGAAACGGAAGGUGUCGGAAAUAGAAGAAGAGAAGAUAUCACCUAUCGUUAUGGACUGGGCCGAAAACGGCUCAAGUAAGCAGGAUUGGACCAAGAGAAUGGAACGUGGGCGCACUGAGAUGGCCUUCAUCACGUCGCAAUGGGUUUCUCUUACACCAUAUGAUUUUUUGGACGUGAAGAAACGUCUAGGAGUAUGAUGUGCAGCGUCUUUGAACGAAGUCGCCUUCGGCUGAAAUCUCCCGGCUCACAAGGUUCAGACGGUGGUGCACGCCUUCCAUUUUCCUCGCAACACGUGCAUUCCCCCACUCCCGAGCGUCCUUCCUUUCGCCUCGAGGCUUCAUUGUUUGCCCCAUGUAAUCAAUUCUUUGUUUAUUCCAUAUACUACCUUGAUCACGCGUUUGAACAGUGUUGCAUGAUUUCAAUGCCCAUGUUAUCUUGCCGAAGUAGCUAUCUGACUCCCCAGGCCUUCCAUUCAUGACAGCGAUAUCUUGUACUACAUAAACCAAAUUUACAAAUAGAAGCAACGUUCACGCAGCC